AUGUCCAACUUGGGAUUCUCAUGGGACUUUGAACCCAAAUUCGCCACAACCCAACAACAAGACGAAUUGACCAAGAAACAACAACAUCUUAUCAACAGUAAAAAACAUACGCCUCGCAAAUUGAAACGAAGAAUUCGUGAUGAUGAGCCUCAACUCUACAAACCCUCAUCAUAUUCCAAUAAUACUGUUCGUAACCGUCCAGUGAUUACAAAAUCAUUCAAUAAAAGAUCCAAGACUCAAGAACAUGUCACCGGACGCCCAUUACCAUUAUUUCGUGUUAUUGAACUAUUGGAUAAGAAACAACUUAGCAGCAUGAUUCUUGGUCUUAUUGACGAAAAACCAGAAUUGAAUCAAGUGAUUUAUAAUAAUAUGGCGCAUCGCUUUGAUUCAUUAAUUAACCCUUCCGUUGAUAAAAGUGUUGAAUAUUUGCGAAACUUUCUUGAGGAAAGAAUUCUUGCUAAGUUGCCAUAUAAAGUCGAACCAGAAUCAGAAUAUUGUUUUCUAAGAGUACAAAAGCCACUUAUCGAAUUUUAUACCAUAUUAUCAGAUUUCAUUUUGAAUUACGUUCCACCAAGGGAGGACAACUUUGUUAAUUGUUUGAAAUUUCUAGAUGAAGCUACAAUGUUGGUCCACCGUAUUCCAUUUUUCAAGAUCAAUUCUUUUAAUAUGUACCACUAUACCAAUAUCUAUGAUAGGCUUGUGAAUGCAUGGUGGACAGUCAUCAGACAUUUUAUUGGAAGUCCAGCAGAUGAUGAAGCUGAAUUCCAGUUCUCUAAGAUCCAAACUAGUCCGUUAACCAGCUCAGAAACCGAUCUUAAUAUUUUCCACAUGGUCGAAUACUCUCUUCCUGAUCGCUUGAAAUAUCACCAAUCAACCUGUCAAUGUGAUAGAUUUGAUCGUCUUGUCGAGUUUGUGGGCGUAAAAAUUGAUUCAUAUCAUCUCAGCAAUAUUGAUUUGCAAAGCAAUUCUAUUGCCCACGAUUUAUUUGCUCCACACAAUACAAACAACCAACAACAAGAACAACAGGAGCAACAAUAUAAUGGCGCUGGAACAUUGCAACAACAAGGUAAUACUAGCAAGACAUUAUCCGCUAAUUUCAGCGGUAAUAAUAACCCUGUUGGUAAUGGUUAUACUUAUAAUCCGGCUAUAAUGGACGGGUCUUCAUUCCGUUAG